AGAUAUGCACAAAAAGCCAUAUAACUCUCUCUGCAAUAAAUAAUUAAGGCAAAUCCCACUUCAAAAACUCUUAAUUUGUACCAAAAAAAAUUAAAUCUUUGAUCCAAAAAAAGAAAAAAAAAAACUUAUGUUGAUUUUUCACUGCAUAAAUCAUUCAUUUCUGUAAUUUUUUUUUUCUUUUAUCAAUUUCAAUCAUGCCAUCGCGUGAACUCCGUUCACUACCGCCGUCGCCGCUGUUGUCGCCGCCGCAGCAUGUUCACCGUCAGAGCCACAAUCUAUUGGCACCUCUCGCCGGAGGAAUAGCCGCUGCUGCAUCUCUCCUUAUUCUCUUCACUUUAUGCUUCCGGAAAAUAAGCCUGAAGCGAACCGUUCCCUCUUCCGAUUCAGAGUCAAAACCCCCUCACCGGUUCUCAUACAACUCUCUCCGUCGAGCCACCUCUAAAUUCUCUCCAUCGCUUCGUCUGGGUCAAGGUGGGUUUGGGUCUGUUUACAGAGGAACUGUCAAAAGCCCAACUACCAAUUCUAAUGUCUCGGUUGCUGUUAAAGUCAUGGACGCUGGGUCCUUGCAAGGUGAGCGUGAAUUUCAAAACGAACUCUUUUUCGCUGGGAAAAUUGAUUCUAAAUACAUUGUUUCCACUAUUGGUUUCUCUUCCGAUCAAAGAGGCCGUCGUAUGCUACUAGUUUACGAGCUUUUAGCUAACGGAAGCUUACAAGACUGCCUUUUGCAUCGCAAGUGUAGUGAAUUGAAGGAUUGGAAAAAGAGGUUUUCAAUUGCUCUUGAUAUAGCUAAAGGGUUGGAGUACUUGCACCAUUUUUGUGACCCACCAGCGAUUCACGGCGAUAUUAAGCCUAGUAAUAUACUACUGGAUGAUAAUUUCAAUGCGAAGAUCGGCGAUUUUGGAUUGGCAAGGUUGAAAGCGGAGGAUCAUAUUGAGAUUGAAGUAAGAAAGGAGAGUCCUGUAGGAAAUGCGGCUGAGGAUAAUGGGUCGGUGGCAGAGGAAACUGAGAGUGUGAUUACUGUUAAUUGUUUAGACGAGUUUCACAGAGGAGUUGAGCAGUCGCCGGAGAGUUUUGUUAGACACGAGGCCUCGCCGGAGACGGUUACUGGGGUGGAAUUGUCACCUGAGGCUCCUGUGGUGUCUCCAAGAACGGUGGCAGCUAUGGCAUCCCCAUCUGAGGGUCUAGAAAAAACGAGUCUUUCCGAGGGUAAUUUUGAUCGGUCCAGUAUAGACAGUGGGAUUGAAAUUGGAAAUAAGAAGAGUGGAGUGAAGAAGAAGAAGAAGAAGAGCAUUACAGGGAAAGACUGGUGGUGGAAGCAAGAUACUGGUGGGACGGAUUCAGGAGCGGUGAAGGAUUAUGUAAUGGAAUGGAUUGGGAGUGAGAUCAAGAAGGAGAGGCCAAAGACAGAGUGGAUUGGGGCUUCGUCGAGUUCAGGACCAGUAGGAAAAAUAGAAAAGAAGAAACAUAGGAAGCGAUUAGAUUGGUGGGUUUCAUUAGAUGAUGAAAAAAAUGGGAAGGAGGAGAAGAGGAGGCCUGCAAGGGAGUGGUGGAAGGAGGAGUAUUGUGAGGAGCUUGCUAGGAAGAAAAAGAAAAAGAAGAAGGAACAGGGCGGAAAGGGUUCAAUUAGUGAUGAUUGUCAUAGUGAGUCUUGGUGGCCAAGGGAUGAUGAAUUAUAUACGGCUAAAAAGAAGAAAAGGAGCAGGAGUAGGGGUAGUAAAAGUAGCAUGGAUUGGUGGCUGGAUGGAUUUAGUAGUGAGCUUCGGAGAGCUCGUAAGAAUAGUUAUGAUUCUGCUAGUGGGGAUAUACCUAAAAGUGGUGGCAUCAGUAGCACUCCAAGCAUGAGAGGAACUGUAUGUUAUGUUGCACCAGAAUAUGGUAGCUGUGGGGAUCUAUCUGAAAAGUGUGAUGUAUACAGCUAUGGGGUACUUUUGUUAGUUCUUAUUGCUGGGCGUAGGCCACUUCAGGUGACGGGGUCACCCAUGUCCGAAUUCCAGCGUGCUAAUCUUCUCUCUUGGGCACGUCACCUUGCCCGAGCAGGGAAGCUUCUUGAUUUGGUUGAUCAGUCUGUUGAAUCAUUAGACAAAGAACAAGCAUUACUCUCCAUCACUGUUGCCCUGCUCUGCUUGCAAAAGUCACCUGCACGCCGACCAUCAAUGAAAGAAGUAGUGGGAAUGCUUUCUGGUGAUUUAGAAGCUCCCCAGUUACCAGUUGAACUUUCACCCUCACCCCCCUCCCGCUUCCCAAUCAAGUCCCACAAGAAGGUCCGGUGAGCUUAAAUCAGGUUUCAGUUCUGUACAAAACAAAAGUUUAAGUUGUUGACUAUUUCUUGUUUUUGUGGAUGACUUACGAUGUAAAGAAGAGAUUGGAAACAAAAAAUUAACAGUUUUAAUGGAUUUUGAUGUUUGCUUUACAUGUUCUGCAUAUUGUUUUACUUUCAAGUCGUUAUCUGUGUAUUCUUUUCCUUCUGGAAGCUAAAUAACAAAAGAAAAAGCCAUUUGAUAUUU